UGGCAACUACUGCUACAACAAAUCCAAAAGGCUUGACUAGAGUGGAGCAGUCAUCAUAAACGUUUGUUUACGUUAUCCAAAUGUGAAUGCGUUUGCAUGAAAACAUAUGAUUCCCAGAUCCCAGUUGAAGAAAAAAUGGUAAAACAGAGCAUCCAGAUCUUUGCCCGCGUAAAACCCACAAAGAAACCGGCCUCGGUAUACUGUGUGGACAAUGGGGAGCCGGCGGGUUCUAUACUGGAGUUCCUGGUACCCAAGGACCUGGCUGACGGCUUCAUAAACAACAAGAAGGAGACCUACAAGUUCAGGUUCCAAGAGGUGUUUGAUCAAACAGUCAAGCAAGAGGACAUAUUUGAAGCCAUCGCCAAGCCAGUGGCAGACAGUGUAUUGUCGGGAUACAAUGGUACCAUCUUUGCCUAUGGCCAGACUGGUAGCGGGAAGACCUUCACCAUCACAGGAGGCGCUGAGCGCUACAGUGACCGGGGCAUCAUCCCUCGCACGCUCUCUUACCUCUACCAGCACUUCAGCCAGGACAGCAGUAUGGUGUACACCACCCACAUCUCUUACCUGGAGAUCUACAACGAGGUGGGCUAUGACCUGCUGGACCCCCGGCACGAGGCCUCUCGCCUGGAGGACCUACCGAAAGUUACCAUCAUGGAAGACCCGGACCAGAACAUACACCUGAGAAACCUGUCACUCCAUCAAUCAGCCAACGAGGAGGAGGCUCUCAACUUGCUCUUCCUGGGAGACACCAAUCGCAUGAUUGCAGAGACCCCUAUGAACCAGGCGUCCACGCGUUCUCACUGCAUCUUCACCAUGCACGUGUGUGGCCGUGAGCCCGGCUCGGUCACCGUGCAGCGUUCCAAGCUACAUCUGGUGGACCUGGCGGGCUCGGAGCGGGUGGGCAAGACAGGCGUGUGUGGGCAGCUGCUCACGGAGGCCAAGUACAUCAACCUGUCACUGCACUACCUGGAGCAGGUCAUCAUUGCUCUCUCAGAGAAGAACCGCUUGCACAUUCCCUACCGAAAUUCCAUGAUGACAUCGGUGCUGCGGGACAGCCUGGGAGGGAACUGCAUGACCACCAUGAUCGCCACUGUGUCUGUGGACAAGAGAAAUGUUGAUGAAUCCAUCUCCACAUGUCGCUUUGCCCAGCGGGUCGCUCUGAUCAGGAACGAGGCUCUGCUGAAUGAAGAGAUGGACCCUGCCCUGCUAAUUGUGAGUCUGAAGAGGGAGAUCCAGUGCCUGAAGGAAGAGCUCUCUAUGGUGACCGGGGAGAAAAGAGAGGACCAGCUAACUCAAGAGGAGAUUCAUAAGAUGGAGGAGCUGGUCAAGAUCUUUCUGGAAGACCCUGAUUGUGAGGUCACACUGGCAUUGGGACCUGACAUGAGAAAAAUCCAUUACUGUUUCUCUCUGCUAAAGGUAAUGAUACGAGAGAGGUUGUCUAUUGGAGACGAGGGAGGUGACCACCCCGACCAAAAAGACAGCCCCCAGCUCCAGCCUGCAGACCUGACCAAGCUGAGGGAAAUGUUGACUCAGCGCGAUAACGAGAUCAAUAUCCUGGUGAGCAUUCUGAAGAAGGAGAAGAGGAGAUCUAAGGACGCUGCUGCUCAACUGGCCAACAUCUCCAAUGGCCGUUCCUUGGACCCCCAGAGUCCUUUGAGGUUAUACACAGCGUCACUGGCAGGAGACACAGAGGCAGUUGAAAAUGACCAUGGAGUGCCACCCACUCUUUAUGGGGAAAGAGCGUCCAAGCUGUCGAUGGGCAAACAGGAGGCUUUUGAGAUCUUCAGGAGAGACCAUGAAGACCGGCUGACCAUCGAGGACAACAAGUCCCUGCUCAAACAGAGGUUUGCUGAGGCUAAAGCAUAUGGGGAGGAGGUGAACGAAGCCAGAAACGGAGUCAAUAAACUGAAGAAGCAGUUGGAGUUGCAUAGGAUGCAGAGAGCCGCUCACGGUGUCACUGUUAGCCCAGCAGAGGUAGAGGAGGUAGACCCUGUGGAAGAAAACAUCCGCAGACAGAUGGAUGAGGAGAAGAAGAGUUACAAGAGCACCUUUGGCCAUCUGAAAACACUGAAGAUGGAGAUUGAGCACCUGCAGCUGCUGCUGGAGCGGUCAACGGUGAAGCUCCAGAGAGACUUCCAGGAUUGGUGGAGCCAGGAGGCCGCCAGGCUACAGGUCCCAGAGUCAGAGGGCAUGGCUAGGGGUCAAAGUUCAAUACGGACCAAUCAGAGCUCCGAGUCGUCCUCUCCUAGCCAUCCAAUGACCAGAGCCCUGUCCUCCACUGAGCUCUCAAAGUCCUUCUUCCCUCUGACUGGAGACCAGCAGACAGACGCAGACAUCCUGGGCUUCAUUAGGGCCCGACACAACCUGCUCAACAGGACAGGGCCACCUCUGCCAUGACCAAAAUGCUUGUCUUGUGGCUGCAUCCCGAGCAGAAGUGAAGGAGUGCCACCCGGAAUGUGUUCGACACACAUAGGAUCUAUGCGAUUGGUGCCUUGAACUUAACCCAGAUGCUCUCACAUGUCCACAUGAAACCCAGGCCUCAAUUAUGUUAGAAUGGAUGUUAGUUGGAUGAAAGGGAACUGGAGGAAGACUAAAAUUCACUCACACACACACACACACACACACACACACACACACACACACACACACACAGACCCACUUUCUCACUCAGACAUACAAACACACACACACUCACCCACUCUCUCACUCACACAAACACUAGUGGUGUGUGGGUCAUCCCUGUUAGUGAGCAUUUCUCCUUUGCCAAGAUAAUCCAUCCACCUGACAGGUGUGGCAUAUCAAGGAGCUGAACUUUUUCGGGAUCGGUGCCCCUUCCAUGGGACGGUUGAGCUAACAUAGCAUGAGGUUGUAAGUAACAAGAAGAUUUCCCAGGACAUAGACAUAUCUGAUAUAAGCUAAGUUAAUCUAACUGCUCUGUCCAAUUUACAGUAGCUAUUACAGUGAAAGAAUACCAUGCUAUUGUUUGAGGAGAGUACAAUUUUGAACAUGAAAAGUUAUUAAUAAACAAAUCAGGCACAUUUGGACAGUCUUGAUACAACA